UGCGGCUUCGUGUGUCGCGAGCUGUCAACUCUUCCAUUUCAAUUUUAAUCCCCGUGGCAUUCACUACGUUAACCGUUGCUCCCAAUUAACGGAACGAUGUCGGGAAAUCUAGAUAUUCUCUCCCUUAAGGAGGACGAUGUCACCAAGAUGUUGGCGGCCACCACGCACAUCGGAAGCACCUCGGUGAACUUCCAGAUGGAGCAGUACGUGUACAAGCGCCGUUCGGAUGGUGUGCACAUCAUCAAUCUCGGUCGCACGUACGAGAAGCUGCUGCUGGCUGCUCGUUGCAUUGCCAGCAUCGAACAUCCGUAUGAUGUUUUCGCGAUCUCGUCGCGUCCGUACGGUCAGCGUGCCGUGCUGAAGUAUGCCCACCACACCGAGGCAACCCCGAUUGCCGGUCGUUUCACGCCCGGUGCCUUCACCAAUCAGAUCCAGACCGCUUUCCGCGAGCCGCGUCUGCUGAUCGUCACCGAUCCGCUGACCGACCACCAGCCCGUCACUGAGGCGUCGUACGUCAACAUCCCGGUCAUUGCGUUCUGCAACACCGACUCGCCGCUGAAGUUUGUCGACAUUUGCAUCCCGUGUAACACCAAGUCGACGCACUCGAUCGGUCUGAUGUGGUGGCUGCUGGCCCGUGAGGUGCUGCGUCUGCGCGGCAAGAUUACCCACGACAAGUGGGAAGUCAUGCCCGAUCUGUUCUUCUUCCGUGAUCCGGAUGAUGCGGAGAAGGAAGCGGCUGCCAUUGAGGCGGCUGCUGCACCAGCCGCGAAGGACAUGUUCCAGGACGAGCCGGCUGUGGUAGAGGAUUCUAACACCUGGCCGGAUGAUACCGCCGUGAACGUUCCGAUCGUGCCGGCCGCUGUCGCCACGUUGCCGGUCGGCCAGUCGGAUGACUGGAACGAGGAAGAUACUGCCGCGCCGGCGGUUGGUGCUGUCUCGUGGGGUGGUGCCGGUGGUUUCUAAGAAGGCAUACUAGUGGUCGGUGAAAGGAAUGGAAUAAAAAGUCCAAACUUCAUGUUCCAUCCUCCUCUGAAACAUGAAAAACAAG